AUGUAUUUCAAUCUCUUCAUUAAUCUCUUAUUUACAUGGAAGUAUAUAACAUGUAUAAUAUAUGAUUUCCAAAGAUAUCCAUUUUCAAUUGAUGAUGAUCAUGAUAAUGAUGAUGAAUUUCAAAAUGAGUUAAUUAGACAAAACGAUUUCUUUAUUGGCUUUAAUGAAUCCUGGCCAUUAAGAAAUGUGAACGACUAUUUAGGGGUGGUAUCCUCUGUUAAAGCAACGGAUCAAUCCGCUUCAAAUGUUUAUGUUUUACAUCGUGGUGAUCGAGUAUGGGAUCAAAAUACAUUUGAUGAUCGAGAUAAUUACCGUCUCAAUAAGUCUGAACCUAUACAAAAAGGAGUUUUAGUACAAAUCUUUAAUGGAGAGAUUAAAAGAACCUAUUUUCCUUUCAAGUUCUUCCUUCCUCAUGGGCUUACAAUAGAUCCAGAUGGAAAUUUCUGGAUUACAGAUAUAGCUUUACAUCAAGUUUUUAAAUUCUCGUCAAAUUUAUCAAGUGAACCACUAUUAACACUUGGUGAACGUUUUAAACCUGGUUCAAGUGAAAAUCAAUUUUGUAAACCAACGGACGUAGUAGUUUCUUCAAAUGGACAAGUUUUUAUCUCUGAUGGGUAUUGUAAUAAUCGCAUUGUGAAAUUUAAUGAAAAUGGAGAAUUUCUAAAAUCAUGGGGCUACGAAACGAAAGAUUCAGAAUCUCCAGGACCAUAUGAUUUAAAUAUUCCGCAUCAGUUAUCUUUAUUGGAAGAAGAAGAUGCAAUAUGUGUGGCAGACAGAGAAAACAAACGUAUUGUAUGCUACAUAGCUGGUUUAUAUUCGACAACAUCAGAUAGUACCGGUGAUUAUCUAUUUGAGUACAAACAACCAGAGAUGAGAGCAAUCUAUGGCAUCGCCAUUGAACCUUCAACUAAAUUAAUAUUUGCUCUUGUGGGCUCUACACCUAAUGAAGAUAAUUCAUACGUGGAAAUUAUUGAUUUUAAUUCACAAGAGUUAAUUGGUGAAAUCAGAAAUCAAUGGAAAACAGGAUUCGGUAAUGUUCAUUCUAUAACAACAUGUCCAUACAACAAAGGAAUAAGUUGUAUACUAUUCUGUAAUACAAAUUUACCAUCACAACUAAAUCAACCGAUAUUAUCAAAUCAAACUCAAAGAAUUAAAAGUAUUUCAAAAUAUCAAGAAGAUUUCAAUCAUGAACAACUUGAACGACGUUUAUGGCUUUAUCAUUUACGAUUUAACUCUGAAUACAAUUAUUAG